AUGACUUCCUCCAUAACAACAUCUGGAUUGAAAGGGUGGACCCCUGUCUUCUUGAAUGCAGCUUUGAUAAGCUCUGUUCUCUUCACCAUGUUCCCUUUGCCAUUGGGCUUUCUCCUCUGCCCAGCAAGCUUUCAGCCUGCUGAAGACAACAAUGUCAAGACCCUGGUAAAUAUGGGUGCUAUGAGAUGGUGA